AUGCCGCGUCUGUCUUCGCGCCCUGAGGCGGACGUGGCAGACUUGGUCGAGAAGGCACAGCAAACUCAGACUCUGAGCCCUGCUGUCGACAACUUUCUUUCUGCGCAUGAAAAUGCCUUUUUCGCCCUCUUCAGUCGCCAGAUUGAACUCAUCAAGUCUCGUUCGCAGGACCUCAGAGAAGCACAGAUCACCAUCUUCGACAAAGCACUGUUGGCCCUCACGGAACACCCAAAAUGCCUCAUGCAUUCGGCAUCUGUCAAGUUCUUCUGCGAGGAAUAUCUCAACAUCGACCUCGGAGGACCCAUCACACAAUUGACCCGUACGCUGCAGCAGACUGUUCAAGCCCCUGAAGCACUGAAGCAAGCUUUGCUCUCCUCUGACGACGCUACCAUGGUCGCGCUGGAAGCCGAACGCGAAAUCAAGAAGUCUUCAAGACCGUUACCUGCCAUCUCGCAUCUUCGCAGAGAGAUGGAGCCCAGACUAGGGGCGUUGUGGAAUGUCUAUGAGCUUGCUCGAGCAGAUUAUCUGAUCGCGCUCGACAGAAGCAACAGAGAAAAGACCAUCAGCACUGCCAAAUUCCUCCGGGACACCGCCGAGAAUAUUCUGCUUUACCUCGAGAACAAGAACGCGGAUGCCUUGAUGAUAACCGAGCUCGAGGGGACGUUCAAGCAUGCGAAGAACACUGUUGUCUGUUUGACUGGUGGUAAAAUCAGAAAGUUCGACACGGCAGAGAUUGAAGGACUCAAAGGCGUGCCGCGCGGUCCGAGUCGAUUGGGCCAUCCCUACUCCCGUCAGUACCCUGACCCUUCAGAUACCGAAACCCGCUACAACAGCACGGCCUUGCCCCAGGGAUUGAGUUCUUCCGAUCGUCCUACUGGGUAUGAAAAUCGCGGCCGUUUGAGACGUAACGAGCUUCUUCCUCGCCGAAACGUCAGUUCAAGCGCAGACCAGCCAACUCGUGAUGACCAUUACGGCUAUGGCGGGGAGACAUCCUCGUAUGUGGCGGUAUCUGUUUCCGAUCCUGUCCGUCGCGACCACUACAGCGAGUUGGAUGAUCAAGAUCGUCCCGAAAGCCGGGCGGUGACGCCAGAGCCAGAAACUCGUCGUGAAUCCGACUACUGCCGAGAAGAGCGCAGCGCAUCACCUGCACCGUCACCUCGCAGAGGUGAUGGCGGACGUGACAGAAGCCGACCCCGCCAGUAUCGUCGACGCUAUAGGUCCCGAUCAUCUGACAGCCGAUACUAUCGUCCAUCACUUCGACGCCGAGAGUAUCCGCGCAUAACCAGCAGGGCUGACGACAGAGUCCCCGAUCGAAACCGAGGCCCAGCCAGAAACGAACGAGCCAAGAUCCCAAUGCCUGGACGUGGACACAGCGGGAUUCCCUACGGUUAUGAUAGCGAGAGACUGGUCGAUUCGUAUAGGCCGGAAUAUCGCGAUGAGGAUGAUCUGAGCAUGAAUGAGAAUGAAGUUUGA